AUGCGUCCCGCACCAUUUUUUACGGGCUUGGCUGCCAUUGCGCUCGCCGUAGAGCCCUUUUUCAACGAACCGGAUACGGGUCUAGAGACCUUUUUACAGCAGACAAACAACUGGACUGAAGGAAUUCAGCCAGCAUUGAAAGAUAUUCGUGGCCUGAACGACUUCGACUUCGCUGCUCGUCAGAAGCUCUCGACUGAGAACUACUUCUACUACCGGACCGGAAGUGCCGGCGAGUGGAGCUAUCGCAACAACUUGGACAUCUGGCAGAAGGUCAAAUUCAGGCCUAGAUUCCUGCGUGAUACCACAAAUGUAAACGAGACUUUGAGAAUCACUAUUUUGGGCUACGACUUCACGAGUCCGGUGUUCAUUGCACCUGCCCCAAGAGCACAGUAUUGCGAUGAGCGAGGUGAAAUCAACUACGUGGAGGCCUCGGCGGAUGAAGACACUCUCUACGUUGCGGCGAUGUAUGCGAAGAAGACCAUUGAGGAGAUUGCUGCUGCGAAGUCUAAUAGCACCAUCAACGGCCCGCAAGUCAUCUUCCAACAGAUCUAUACCAACGCCAACCUCUCAGUAACGUGGGAUAACAUUGCGCGUGCCGAGCGCACCGGAGCCAAAGCCAUCGUCUGGACCAUCGACGCACCUGGCGACGCCGUUCGCCACCGUGCUGCUCGCUUCGACACUACUAAUGCCAACUCCGCCACCUCCAAGCUCACCUGGGAUCUCUAUGACCAGAUGAAGAACCGCACCUCCCUCCCCAUCAUCCCCAAAGGCAUCGCCUCCGUUGAAGACGCCCAAGAAGCCAUCCGCCGCGGCGUAAGAGCAAUCUACAUCAGCAACCACGGCGGCCGACAGCUCGAUCACUCUCCCUCACCCCUCGAAAUCGCCUACGAAAUCUACCGCAAUGCACCUGAGGUGUUCACACAGGUUGAAGUCCUAGCCGACUCAGGCGUCCGAUACGGCACCGAUGUCCUGAAGCUGAUGGCGUUGGGUGUCAAGGCUGUGGGUCUUGGACGACCGUUCUUGUACGCGAACUGUUAUGGCAGGGAAGGCGUUCAGAAGGCGAUUCAGAUGAUGAAGAAGGAGAUUGCACUGGAUGCGGCACAGGUGGGUAUCGCGGAUGUGAGGAAGAUAGGGCCAAGUGUGAUCAAUGCGAAGGGGUUGGAGGAUACGGUGUAUAUUGGGUAG